UCCAAAGAUGUAAACAGAGGAUGAUCCACGAGGCGGUGGGUUGAGGUUAUUGGUAGAACGCCUUCACUGAUUGGGUUUUGCACAAACUGUGGGUGUUGAUGACGAACAGGACUUGGCCUCUCUGCCCUCUGACGGCGGUGCAGUGAUCUUGUGGGCCAAAGGCCAGCCCAGUCGUUCUCCCCAUUCCUCAGCCUCCUCACUCAGUUGGACACUCUGUUUCUCCUUCCUCCCCUCUUGUUUCCACCCGGCUCUGAAUUCCGCACAAGCCCACCCAUAUCGGGUCUCAGCCUGGCACUUGGGGCGCCCAAAGGCGAAGACACUCCCAUCCCAACAAAAGCAUCAGUGUUGUACUGCUGCAUAGAUCAAGUGUGCCUUCUAGGAAUCUGGGCCACAGCACUGAAGGGAGGGAGAUGAAGUUCACAUGAUUUCAAAAGGCGUUUGUGACCACAUGUUGCUACAUCCUGUCAUGCAGCCAUAUUGACUCCCUUGAAAUGUUUCCCAUCCCUGCUGAAAUUUCCUGUUCUGUUGCUUAAGAGAUAAUUGCAAGAACAGGUUCUGAUUUGUGUCUUGCCGAAGCAAAAAUAAGGCAGAUUAUGAAAGAAAACAAGAAUAUUUGUUUAGCUAAUUGACUUGAAUCUGUUCUGUGUACAUUCAUCCUACCACGCCUAUAGAUCCAGCUUACUAAAAGAAAAAAAACCCUUUCAGACAAAAGACAGAGCAGUCUUGAUCAUCUGGAACAAUUAGAGCUUUUGUGCUGUGGAUUUCUGCAAUUGCUCUUUUUUAUGCCCUCCCCCCUCCUAUCAGCAUGCAGCUCAAACUUCAGCGUCCACACUCAAUAAGCCCUCUAUGUAGACACAGAAUAGGGACUAUACAGCCUCCCUCUCCCUUUUUUUUCCUGCUCUGCCUUUCUUUCUUACACUCAGAGAGUAGCGCACGUCCCCUGACAGAGCCUGACGUCACGGAUGGCUACAUGAACCUCCCUGCAAUGUUUUAUUCAGCGGGAUCGGCUUCAGAACUGAAAGUUGAAGGGGAGAGGCGUCAGGUGUGCACGCACAGCCAGCAGGGGAGGAAAGAGGAAUAACUUCCAGGUGAAUGAGAUGUGCAUGUAAUAAGACGUGACACUGGAUGUGAUGAGAGGAGCUCUGACUGUGCCGGGUCCAUAACAGCAUGUCAAGAUCAGACACGAGGAGAUUAACCUGCUUUAAGCUGGAGCUGGGUGGACCACCUGAUGCAGAAGAGCAGAAAACACAUCUAGUUGUUCCUCUCUGGAUGAUUGCAUGAGGGUAAACUUUCAUUCUGCUGGAUCAUGAUGGAAAAGAAAAGGAGGCCUUGGAGGUCCAUGUGCAAAGGCCUGAUCCUGGGGACCCUUCUGACCAGCAGCAUGAUUCUUCUUUACUGCAUCUCCAACCCGCAGAUCAACUUCAGGCUGCCUGAGGUCCCAGUCCCUUACUCCUGUGCCCACCGUUCRUCCCAUCUCCACCCCAAACCAACCGCCAACGGUGCACAAGCAAACACCGGACAUUCCUGUUCACCUAAAAUGGACAUUAUGUUCAUGAAGACUCACAAAACAGCCAGCAGCACCCUCCUCAACAUUCUUUUCCGCUUCGGAGAAAAACACAGACUCAGAUUUGCCUUCCCAGACAGCAGAAAUGACUUCUUUUAUCCGUCCACGUUCCAGCGCUCAUUCGUCAAAGACUACAAAACUGGAAUGUGCUUCAACAUAAUCUGCAAUCACAUGCGGUUCAACGCCUCUGAAGUGGCCAAGGUGCUACCCACCGACACAUCCUACAUCACCAUUCUGCGAGACCCCGCAGAGCUCUUCGAGUCAUCGUUCCACUAUUAUGGCCGGUUGGUUCCCUUUACCUGGAAAAUACCGGGUGAAGACAAGAUGACAGAGUUCCUGCUCAACCCCCAGAGCUACUUCGACCCAGAAGGCUUCAACUCUUUCUACCUCAAAAAUCUGCUGUUCUUCGAUUUUGGGCAGGACAAYACUCUGAAGCUGGACGACCCGCGGGUAGAUGAAGGAAUCAGUUUAAUCUCUGAGCGCUUUCAGCUGGUCAUGUUGGUGGAGUACUUUGAAGAAUCACUGAUCCUGCUCAAGGAAGCACUCUGCUGGGAGAUGGAGGACUUGCUCUUCUUCAAGCUCAACGCCCGCAAGGGAUCCACUGUGUCCAAACUCACCCCUGAGCUGAGGGCCAGRGCCCUUGAUUGGAACGCCAUCGACUGGAAGUUAUACCAGCAUUUCARCCAAAUGUUUUGGAAGAAAGUGGACGCUUACGGGCGGGAGCGCAUGGCUAUGGAYGUGGCAGAACUCAGGAAGAGAAAUGAAGAGAUGACGUCCAUCUGCAUUGAGGGGGGGCAGGCUGUAGACGCUGGUAGCAUUCAAGAAACAGAUUUGCAGCCCUGGCAGCCGAUUGGAGAGAAGUCGAUCAUGGGCUAUAACCUAAAGAAAAAUAUAGACAAUGUUCAUCACAAGUUGUGCCGUAAAAUGUUGAUGCCAGAGAUUCAGUACCUGACAGAGCUUGGGGUCAACCUAUGGAUCACCAARCUGUGGGGUCAUGUUCGAGAUAUCAUCAACUGGUGACGAGACAUCCCAGUGGGAGAAGUUAACCUUGAAAUACUGUAUUAAGUUAAAACAACAACAGAGUUCUGAGUGUAGUAGAUGAGAAUCACAUUUCCUUUCAUUUAUUUGAAAGGCACAAAUUCAGUUGUGUUAUGUGUAAUACACCUGAGAGGAAAGAAAAGUUGUUGAUCUCACAAUCUACAAUCYUGGAACUUUUAAACUUAGUAUUAUUUACUAUGAGUCGAUUUAAAUGAUAUUGGUCAUAGAUUCCAGCAUGUUUUCUUAAGCAUUUGGUUGAAACAUAAAAUUCACAAAUAACUUCGUGAACUACCUAAAGAAACCAAUCUUAAUUAUUUCCAUUCCCAUCUAAUUCUUAAGGUACUUUGAAGAUGUGAAAUAAUUCUAGAUUAUUUAGGUAAUAUAUGACGUAAAAAUGAUGAAUGUACUUUUAAGUAUUACAUCCCGCGUUAUUGACAUUGGAAGGCAAAACUAAAUUAUAAACAGAAACAUUUAGAACAUAAAAAGUAAUUUAAGGGAUGAAAAAGACUCUAAGCCAUUAUUAAAUGACUGUAAACAUCAAAAAUCAUUUUAUGAUCCUAAUUAAAAGGAUUUUUGUUAUCUCUUUUUUAUUUAGAUAUGGAAAAUGUGGAAAUUCAAAGAAAAAGAAUGGGUUGUUUUUAAGGAUUACAUCAAAAAAAUGCAAGAUAUUACUGUAAACAAGUGGAAAAAAGAUAAUAUGAGAAAAAAUAAUUAAAAAGCAAAUAUGGCACAAUGCAAUCAAAAAUACAACUUUUUUCUUUUACAAUAUUAAAGGGUGUUUGUUGAGCUUUCUGCUACAGAAUGUCCUUUUUUCUUCUCUGGUGACUUUUAAAAGUCUCAGCCAAUUUUUCCAUUUUUCUGCUGAUUAAGCCYUAACAACACAUACGUGACAUGUACACUAGUAAUAUAUUUGGAUUUGCACUGUGAGCUAAAAAAAUAUCAACCCCCUAUUGUGUUUGUGAAUUAAAUUGUAGCUUUGUAGUUUGACAAAGACUAAAAGUGUUAAAUACUAUUUUCUUCAGUGUAUGAAACUUUGCCAUCAUGAAAAAGGAAUCCUGAGCAGAAAAUUAUAUUUUUCCUGUUCUUACUCUGCAAAAUGUGUCUUUUUCUACAUGUACAUCCACUGAAUAAAAAAUAAUUUAUUUUAUUUGUG